AUGGGCGAUAAAUCCUCUACUUCCACUAACCCAACACCCAACAGUCUCCAUCCGGUGUAUACAGUGACUAAUAUCCAACAUAAAGUCCGUAUGCUCGAUGGAACGAAGGUCUCCUACCCUUCUUGGGUUAAACUGUUCAUGCUUCACGCUACCGGGUAUGAAGUGGUUCACCAUAUCGACGGCACGCCGGCCCCGGGUAAAGAUGCUGCUGACUACCCCGCGUGGAAGAAGAUCGAUGCGGUCGUCUUACAAUGGAUCUACGGGACUUUAUCGGAUGAACUUCUGGUCCGAGUCCUUGAAGACACAUCAACGGCGUAUGAGGCAUGGGAGUAUUUCACAAUAGAGACGCGUAUGGUGUUUUAA